CCGCCGGGAAAACGCGAUCAAGAAAAGGAAGGGGGAAAAUAGAUCUGGAAGAAUAGAGGGCAAGAACAAGAUAGAUCGAAAGAAACAUGGAUGGCAACGAGCAGGGAGGGACCUACGUGGACAUGGAGAACGAUGCUGCUGGGAAGGCCUUUGGAUCUCCUCCCGUCUCAGCACAGAAAGAAUCUAUGACGGGAUCGGGAAGCUACAAAACAUCAAUUGCUAUGAACGACGACUUCUUCUUACAGGAAGGAUUCACUUACACAGGUCUGCUACUUGGUGAUAUAACACAUCCUGCAGUGUAUGAAAAACAAGAUGAGCAGGAUAACAUUAAAGAUUCUUCUGCUACAAUGCUCGGAGACGAAGAGGAUAAUCCAUGGGAUGUCAGCAUGUUCAACGACAUACAGCUAGACGAGGUAUAUGAUGCUGGAACAAUAGACAAUCAAUAACAAACUAAAGCUGGGGGAUCACAUGACAAGGCAUCCACAAGUGCAAGCAAUGACAACCGACAUAAUCCGGAAGAAAAUGAAAAUUUAACUGAAGAAGAUGAUACGUCUCCGACGUAUCGAUAAUUUCUUAUGUUCCAUGCCACAUUAUUGAUGUUAUCUACAUGUUUUAUGCACACUUUAUGUCAUAUUCGUGCAUUUUCUGGAACUAACCUAUUAACAAGAUGCCGAAGUGCCAGUUCCUGUUUUCUUCUGUUUUUGGUUUCAGAAAUCCUAGUAACGAAAUAUUCUCGGAAUCGGACGAAAUCA